AUGUUUCAGAAGUGGCUCGAGCAUCCAAAGGUGCGUGCGCACAUUCAGAAAAAGUUCGGCGUCGACAUGGACGCCAAGUUCGACAAACUUAUGGCGCUCGUCAUGGCGAUGUACGCACGCUCCAAGAUCCAGGUCUACGAAGACGACCCGGGUGGGGCGCUCAAGUCCCUGACCGCCUGCAUGUCCUUCAUCAACGAGGGCGCGGACCUUCAGAAGGAGCGGCAUCGCAAAGCCGUCGGCGCGGUCCUCGCAGCGCGUGGCAUGGUAUACUGCAAACUCAAGUCGUAUGAACGCUCCGAGGACGACCUCACCCGGGCGCUGUCGUUUGUGAACCAGAAGCGGUGUGCGACGCUGUUCCAACUUCGCGCGGAGGCGCGUGAGGCACUGGGCCGCAUCGAGGAUGCCCGCCGCGAUGAGGAGCGGGCGGCAGAGAUUUGGGAGAAUGCGGAGGUGAUUCUGCCCGGUAUGGAGGGAAAGCCGUACAAGUUUGUCGUUUAG